CGUCUCUCCAGCUCCCAACGCGGGACGCCAAAAUGCCUUCCAACAGCUCCUGGAACGAUCUGGCCCUGCAAAUCACCAAUGUUAUUGUCUACAUACUGUUCCUAGGGUCGAAUAUCUACACUGUCGCUGGACCUACGGACAUCUAUUACUCGGGAAAGAACACGUACAUCACCCCUGCGCCGUGGGCGUUCCUCAUUUGGUCUCUCAUUCACUUGCUCCUCUUCGGAACGAUCAUCUACCAGUUCUUCCCUGGAGGCAAGAAGGCCAUCAUCGAUGGCGUCUCUUGGCGUUUCCCCCUCCUCGGUGUCUUGAACGCCAUCUACAUUAGCGUCUGGGCGCACCACCAUUACAUCGUCGCAUUUGUCUUUGCGCUGUUUGUGAGCUCGGCUGUGACACACAUCUACUACAUCAUCAAGAAGUAUCACGAGCCGCAGAACAUUCCGGAUGAACUCUUCGUUCAUCUGCCUUUCUCUCUGUACCACGGAUGGACCACUUUGCUCGUGGUCCUGACUGCAUUUGAGGCCUUCGGUGUGGACGCUGACACUCAUCCUGCCGGUCUGUGGACGAAGGUUUUCGUCUUCCUUGGAUUGCUCUUCCUCGAGGCCACGGCUGCUACCUACGCGUUCUCCUCCCCCGAGGGAGACCUGCCGGCCAGCAUUGCGAUCGCCUGGUCGCUCUGGGCCAUCUUUGCUCAGCAACGCUCUCCCGCGUUUAUUCACUGGUCUGCCCUCGCAUUCUCCAUCCUUGCCUGUGUAUGGGUAGGCAAGGCCGUGGUCGGAUCCUUCCUCAAGUUGCGCAGAGGGAGCGGAGGCAUCUCUUUGGACGAGGAGCGGGCGCCGCUGAUCGGACACUGAGAUAACUGUGAGGUCUAGGCAAAGAACGUUGAUGGUUGAUAUGGCUUCCGAUGCGUGAUACAUGAUGUUUGGCAUGAACAUGCGUAGUGCUCAUGCAUUGUACUAUUCCGGUUGAUUUUCAGGUACCCCAUUGUUGUCUCGCCGUAUUGUGUCUGAGCUGUACUUGGCCGCGUUGUCGUCUAUUAAAUGUAUGGUCUUGCG